AUGACGAUUGCACAGCUUAAUAUUCAUGGAUUCCCUUCUGGUUCCUUCUUUUAUCAGCAUAUAGUUGAAGAUGCUAUCGAUUUACUUUGUGAAAAAAAAUUCUCCAUAGGUCUCAAAUGUUCGAAAGUUGUCCUCUGGGAUGAGGACCUUGGAGUUGAACAUUUUCACCCCAAAGAGUAUGUGUCGAUUAUUGAGCAUGAAGGGCUGGAGAUAUCGCAGCCUGCACUCGAUCGUUCUAAAUCAGAGUUACAUCACCAAAUUACUGCACGUGAAAGGAAGUCAAUAGUGCACAGGAGAACUUUCAAACAACAAGUAAAUGGGAAGCGUUGUGAUGGCCAUAGUAAAGACCCUCCAUGCACAGGGUGGAUAGAGAUGAUGGCCCCUGUUUUCUCGAGAGCUGCCUGGCGUUGUGUAUGGUACAUGAUUCAGAAUGACUUGAUCCAUGCCUGGGACUCGAUAUGCAACUUGGUUAUUGCGCACAGGCAAGCUGCUUCAAGUGCUUCUAUGUCUUAUUUUGCGUAGCCGAAACAAUGUUGCUUAACCUGUUCUUAAAUAGGGUGAUCGAACCAGCAAUAUUGGUAUUGUGGAUUCCGAGUAUGUAGUCCACCACAAUCGUCCUUCCCUAGGGGUUGUCAAUGCGAAAAAUCACUCUAAUGUUGACGGCCGACGGCCAGACAAGGUUAGAAAUUUAAAAUCUAUAUCAACAAGAUG